AAAAGUUUUAUUGUAGUAUUGUGGUAGUGAAAAAAUAAUGCUUGUUACAGCAUCAAUUCACGGAUUAGUAAACAGUAUUCAAUUGUAAUUUAACGCUGCAGAAGAAUACAAAUUUUUAAAUAAAUUCACAAUUGUAAUAAAUUACUCUAAAAUAAUGUACCACAAUUAUUGUGUGAAAAUGUCUCGGUGUCAUUUGAAAAUCGGGAUGUACUAAUCUGUCUUCCCAUUCUCUGUAUAUGCACCCUUCCCUGUAAGCAAUUGGUUGAAUGUAUUCCAUUCAGUAUUGCAUCUCUGAGUAAUGUUGACAGCUACUAGCUUGUGUUUGUUGACAUCUGGAGUACUACAGACAGUUUGACCACUGGUGGUAGAUGAGUUCGACCGAGUCAUAGGUGUGACUCAUUCAGUGUGAACGAUAACCGAUAAAAGCGACAGGUAAACGGGUGUGGCAUAACAACGUAAUGAGGUUUGUCGUUUAAAAAUGUCUGAAACUUCAGAAAAGACGCCAGAGUGGUUGGUGUUGCUGGAAAACAAGAAGAAGAGGCACAAUCGGUUGGCUCAUGAAAUCGGCGCCGGUGCUCCAUGUCUUAGAUGCGGAUUUCUUUGUCCAGGGCUUGAUUUACAUUUCUGGAGGAAAUUAUGUCGUAAUUGCAAGUGCAAAAAGAAAGACCAUGAUGUGAAGGAUGAUGAAGGAUAUGAACAAUUUGAAAUACUACUUGGACCUGCUAGUAAGAAGAGGAAACGUGGUGCUUGUCUGAAUAUCCAAGUCCCAGGUGUUGACAAUGCAAAAACUGUUAAAAGUGCUGAAGUGGCAUUUGAUUGGGUCCCCCCAAAUGUUUCUGAUGAUGUGGCAGUGGAAUACAUGAAACAGCUGCCAACAGCAAAGUUGCCAAUCAGUGGUAGCGAUGGUGCCUUGUAUCGACGUCAACAACUUGAACGACAAGUACCAAUACAUGACUUGGAUGCCAGCCGUUGUCACAAUUUGACCCCACAGGAGGUGGAAGGGCUGAAGAAAUAUCUUGACAAUCUAAAGAGCAAUGUUGUUGGACAAGGACGUGUCACCAAGGUGCCAUUACUCCAUGCAGAUGUGAGGUGGGCAUCAGAAGCAUUUGGCCAAAAAUCUCUUCCAGCAUCGCACUCGGCAGAUUCCAUUCGUGGCAUUCCACCAUCUGCCUUCUCUGCUCCUCGUCCAUUCCACACUGCAGUGCCUCAUAUGCCAGCUGGCACAGAAGAUAACGAUUUUCCACCACCUCCCCCACCACUUCCUAACACCAUGCCACCAAAUCUGAAGAAACCAAGUAACUUUGCACCAAGUUGGAAGCCUUACCAUAAUCCUGAAUCUCAAACUUCAUAUUCAGAAGCUCUUCCAGGAAAAGCAUAUACAUCAUCAGAAUUUGAAAAGGCUGGUCCAACAGGUCGUCUGUCACAGAAAGGUAAUAGCCAACAAUCGGCAAGUGUGGGUCGUCAGCAGUUUGGUACGUUGCCUGGUGAGAGUGUCUCAAGCUUGCCAGCAGAUGCCAGUGUAUCACAUACACUGCAUCCUGAAUCUCAUACUGCCUACUCAGAAGUUGUUCCAGGAAAACCUUCAUUUGCCUCAGCCGAGCAUCAUAGGUCUGGUUCAGGAGUAGCAGAUCCUGUUUCACAGAGAGGUCAGCAACAAGGAGAUGUUGGGCAUCAACACUAUGGACUAAUGCCUGAAAACACUGCUGCAACUUUGCCAGCAGAUGCCACGUUCGCUCACACAAUGCAUCCUGACUCCCACACUGUGUAUUCAGAAUCUGUCCCAGGAAAACAUUCAGCCCUAUCGCCUGAAUACCGCAGAACUGGUUUACGAGUAGUAGACCCUGUGUCUCCAAAACAGCAAAGUGAUUGGAUGGAAGGCAUGAGCACUAAACAUAGUGAAUCAAUUCCUGGAUAUAACGUAUUGAGCUCACCAGCUGAUGCAACUGUUUCACUUGCAACACAUCCAAUGAUUAUGUCUGUUUCUACUAAUGUGCCAGGUGUCUCACCUGCAAUGAUAGCUACAUCUUUAUCUCAAAGUUGUGGAGCACCUGAAGGAUUUAAGAAUGAGACUGUUCCUCACAAUAAAAAUACUGGUACAUUACGUGCUGGUGCAGUUGCCGGCUCAAGAUAUCCUAGUGGGCAGGAGUGCUACCAGAAUGCCUGUCCAGACAAACUGCCAUAUGAUGAGCCUGUAAAGCAAUGGGUAGGGAAAGAUAUCCCUCAAGAGGGAAAUUUGGGAUAUUCAAUGCAUCCAGCAGAAAAAGAAGACAUUUACAGUCAACAGCCAGGAGCACUUUUACAGUCUGAUACAGUGAAUAUUAAAAGCCCUGUCUCCAGAACUCAGUUAAGAAAUUCUGAAGGAACAAGCUCUUUAUUAGGCCAUAAACCAUAUUAUAUGUCCCAUCCUGUGGAAAGCACAUCUUGUGAGCCAAUAGCUGCCAGAAAUGCUGGUUCAAGUCAUUGGGAAGUUGGAGUCAACAACUUGUCACCUGGGAAGACAGUUCCAACAAAGCAUAUUCCAGGUGAAUCACAUGAUGAUGCCCAUAGGCAACAGAAAGGAAGGUUUGCUGACACUGUUGGUACUGGGCAUGAUCCUUUUGGAAUGCCAGAAGCCCUUCCAGCCAAGAGUUCCAUUUAUUCUUCAUUGGGUCCUCACGGAGAGACUGUCUUUUCUGAAGGUGUUCCUACUGAUGCACUGCCUAAGUCAGCUCUAGCAAUGCAGCAGCACAGACAUGAUGCGGAACUUGGAGAGUUGUCAAGUCACAUGGCAGAAAUGAAAACUGAUGAUACCCCAGCUGUGCAGCAGCCACAGUUUAACUGCAAGGAGUGCAAAGGUGCAAUUCAGGCUGGUGAUGUAGCUGUGUUCGCUGACCGAGCAGGACAAGAUGUAGCAUGGCACCCGUCCUGCUUUGUCUGCACUACUUGCAAGGAGCUUCUGGUGGACCUCAUUUACUUCUUCAAUAAGGGACAAGUUUACUGUGGCCGUCAUUAUGCAGAGCUCCUGAAGAUUCCCCGAUGCUUUGCCUGUGAUGAACUGAUAUUUGUCAAUGAAUACACAAUGGCAGAGGGACAGGCUUUCCAUGUAAAACAUUUCUGUUGCUAUGAAUGUGACAUUCCCCUCGGAGGCAUGAAAUAUGUUCCAGUAGAUGGUCAACCAGUGUGUCUUGAUUGUUUCCAAGAAAAAUAUGGAAAGAGUUGUCAUGCAUGUGGAAAAAAAAUUGGUGCCAGUGACCAAAGAGUUAGUUGGAAUGAGCUUCACUGGCAUGUGUCAGGUGACUGUUUCAGUUGCUUCUCAUGCCAUAAAUCUCUUCUGGGAGGACGUUUUGCUGUGAAGAAAAAUCAGCCAUUUUGUAGCAAGGAGUGUGUUUUGGCGUCUGGUAUCUUAUAGAACUGUAUGAAAUGUAAUCAUAAUUAUGUAUUACAUUUGGGCAUAUUGGAUGUAGCUAAGGAGAAUACUUGGUAUAUGUGCCAUAUUUUAUUCAUUUAUUUUCCAUUCAACCAUAUCUUGGUUAUGAGAUUUAUAUUUAGGAAAUGUUUGACAUAUAAUUCAAGCAUUUGAAAAGAAGCAUAGUGCAGUUGGAGUCAUUUCUACAGUAGUAAAAAGAAGAGAAUAAUGAGGUGAAUAACAUAGUUUAUUCAUUUUGCUUUAUCUCUCCAAUAAUUUGUGUAUUUUAUUAAUUGUGACAAAAUUGUAUUGUUUUAAGGAAGCAACAUUUAACUCAUUACAGUCUUAAGCGAUAAUGUCAUGAGUAUUCAGAGUAUUGUGUGUACAAUAAUAGGAGAACAAGUUUCAUGUGUGAUGCAUUUGGUUUACAGUGUAUGUUUCAAAAAGGUGCGACACAGUAAUCGUUUUCACUGUAACUUAUUUUCUCUUGAUAAGAAACAUUCAUAAGGUACUUACUGUACUUGUGUGAUGCCACCUAACACAGGUUUAGGUACGCUGCAUUUGAUAUGACCAGUGUGAACUCGUCCACAAUAUUUUUCAGUGUCCUAAUUUGCUUCUUACUGUGUCCCUGUAAAACAGUCUGACUAAUCACUGAAGAGAAAUAUAUGUUUUUAUAUCAACUUUACACUUAAUACCUGCAUCUACAUGCUUAAAAGGUAUUUUUACAUGUUGUCUUAAAAGUAUUUUCUGCAUUGUACCAUGGCUGUGAAAAUUAAUUUUGAAGCCUAUGAAAUGACAGAUUUGUAUACUUUUUACAUACAUUUUAAUAUCACUGAUGUUUGUAACAAUGUUAGGGUAACUGUAAGUAGUGAUUGUCAAUGGCCAUUGUAAUAUGUGAGCAUAUCCUACACAAAAUAUUAUGAUGUGCCUUUUUUACACAGAAAACAGUCUGUUCAACAUAGUGCAGAAAUGAUUUAUGUAGACUGUAAAAUUAGUCAGUUGAUAAUUGUGCUCAUACAUUCAUCUUACGUUGUGUGGGUUGGGUUAUUGAUCAUUUGAUUCAUUUUUCAGUAUGCUAUUCCCCAGCUCGAUGUUUUGUAACUUUUUCAUGUAUUGUAGGUACAUGCAGCUGCUUUGCAGUAUUAUUUCUUAUCCCAGUCAUGCAUUUAUUUCUACUUGAAAUAUCGUGCCAUAGUAAUUAAAUGUAUUCAGAAACAGAAAUACUUUACAGGCUGUAAAUGCGAUGGCAUUUUUAGGGCAUUUCUUAAGGAAGAUCACAGUAUGCCUGGCCAAGAUAAUCAUCUUUGUAAAGACUAGAGAAAAUUUUACAUCAUUUACUGUUAAACAUCAUUGCUCUCAUAUCAUUUCAUUUGUGGUUGAGUAUUGGGAAUUACUGUGAAUGUUUUUGUGUUCUCUUGUUUUAACUAUUGUCAGUUGUCAAUCUCCUUCCUGUGAAUUAAGUUUUCAGAAGAUAUCACAAAUCCAGGAAAAAUAGUAUUAAAAAUCAAAAAGUAUAAUUCACUAAGAUUAAAGACUGUUAGUUACUUUUUAUAUAUAAGCCUAUAUUUUGCGUGAGGUUGUUCUACUGUAGACUGUUGUUCAAGAUAAACAAGAGUAAAUUUUAGAACUUUUAUAAGUGAUUAAUAUUUUGUAUGCAUUUUUAAGCAUUUCAGAUUUUAGAGUUUGUAUUUACAUUCCUAUUUUAUGUCGCAGAAUAUUGAUAUACCCUUUUUUUGGAAAUAAAUUUAAAUGAUGAAGUA